GCCCUGUCAGUGGCACAUGAAUAUUUAAUACUUUGAAAUGCGUUUUUCUACACUUAACUUGUGCGUACGUUGAUCUAACUUUUCAGUGUUGAGUCGUUAGUGUCGAGGCAGCUGGCCGGCUGGCAACGCAUUGGUCUAGCCUAGUCUAGCCAGGAGGCAUAACAGCUGGUAUCAGCGUGUGCACGUGCGAAAUUUAAGUUGUGGUCUCUUCUGCUAUUGUACUGCUCCGCAUUCGCCGUUCACUGUAGUACUCUGUGGUGAGCGCUGUAUUUUGUCGUGAGAUAAUCGUGCAAGCUCCCGUCGGCUCUGUGCCUGCGUCACUCGCGGCCGAUGCCGCCCAAAAGGCAAUUUGGAAAGUACUUAUGGGACCCGUCCAUCGACGUUCCGAUACGCUCAAAAUACAGGUUCAGAAAACGUUCAUCAGUUGGCGCUUCGUCUACCGCGUUGGACAAGGAACGAGGUUCUGCAGAUGCCAGUGAAGAAAGUUCGCGUGAAAGCGAAGCAGACGCUGACACAGGCCACAUAGCACCGUUCCCUUCAACUGCUAGUGCAACUGAAGACAGCCAUAUUUUGGAAACCACGAGUGAAGCCUCGUCGACCUCGUCCUCCGAGGACAGCGAAUCGGAAGGCGACGCUGAUGUAUAUCCUGACCACGGCGAGCAGCAUUUUCCGAGAGGCUGGAAGGAUGAGUUGGAUGAAAACCUGUUUCCGGGAUCCAAGCUUACGAAAGCCGAAAGCCUCCUAAUGGUCAUGGCCCACAGCUUGCGCCAUGGCUGCUCAAAAGAAGCCACCGAGAGCCUACUGCAGCUUCUUAGUGCUCACUUGCCAGAAGGUGUCAAAUACCCGACAUCAAAGUAUACCUUUUUUCGACACUUUGCUGGUGCUGAAAAGCAGUAUGCUAAGCAUUUCUACUGUAGUACGUGCUCUGGGUAUAUUGGUGAAUUACCAGGAAAUGAUGUGGUCUGCAGUCACUGCAAUAUAAACCAUGAGAGUGGCAGCUUAUUGAAAAGCUCAUCAUUUUUUCUGGUGAUGGACCUCAAAGGCCAAAUUCAAGAUGUGCUGGAGUCUGGAAAGCUCCAACGCAAUAGUACAGGCACUUCCUUUGAUGUAUGUGACAUCACGGAAAGCUUUCAAUACAACAAGUUGCCCGUGACUGCGAAUGACAUUACCUUAACGUUUAAUACUGAUGGUGUGCCCCUCUUUGAAAGCUCCAAUGCGAGCAUGUGGCCACUUCUUUUGAUGGUUAAUGAACUGCCUUACAAACAACGUGUGCAAAAUCUUUUGUUAGCUGGGCUGUGGUUCGGCACAGGUAAACCAUCAAUGAACUGUUUUUUGACCCCAUUUGUAAAAACGAUGAAUGAGCUGUCAUCCACUGGAGUUGUUUGGAGGGACAGCAGUGACGAAGAAGAAAUGACCCGCACUGGGAACCGGCAUCGUCGAGCCGAGAUUUUCAACGACCGCCUCGAGGGCGACGGGGAGACCGUGGCGACCCCAGGCGACACCUCUCAGAUGCCUUCGCCCGUGCACGCCGCGGGCAGCAGCUGGAAAGCGGCGGAUCGAGGGCCGCAGGACGGGGACACCGACUUCGAGACCGACACGUCCCAGGCGACUGGAUGGGGACCGUCCGAACGCGGCAGCCUGGUGCCCUGUCUCAGCAUGUUGGCCGCCGCGACUCUCGUGUUCCUCCUCGGCCUCGCCGCCCUCCUGGCAGCCCCCGGCACCAGUCCCAGAGAGCAAGUGUUCUCAAAAUGGAGCGGGUCGGAGACGCAUCCGAGACGGGACGGUGACGAAUCCGGCCCAGUGACCAGGGGCAACGAGUGGUGGUCCGAUGGCAUGAGGAACCAAGCGAAGCGGCGUGAAGUCGCCGUGUCCACGUUCUCAACAGAGACUCCGACGUCGUCGUCGGCCCCCUCACAAAAGCUAGUCCAGACUGUCAACACUAACACCGCGUCGAAGCCUCCUGGCGACUCUUUCACGGAGCCAGACAACAGCUCUUCAAUGAUUACGGGAUAA